CAGGAACAUUAACGUAGGAAACCUUCUUCCAGCUGCGUGUGAUCUGAUUUGGACCCUUUCAGACUCUCUAACUCUCUCUGAGAUAAUCUGAAAUCUACUGAAGCACAAACAGCAGUGUCCGUUUCCAUGGCGACAGCAGUGUGUGUGUUGCUGGGUGUGUGUGUCGGUGUGUGUGUCGCGUUUAACGUGGACACGACGUUCCCGCUGAUGAAGAACGGAGAAAACGGAAGUCUGUUCGGACUGUCGGUCGCUCUGCACCGAGACCUGCAGACAGACACCUACCUGCUAUUGGUCGGGGCUCCCAGGGAGAGGGCGGAGCCUAAUGUUCCAGCCAAUCGGACAGGAGGAGUGUACAGCUGCCCGAUCACCGCUGACCAAUCAGACUGCAGCAGGAUGAAGCUCAUAGAUCCAGACCUGCAGCUGUCUGAGGACCUGAUUGAAGACAUGUGGCUCGGUGUCUCGGUAGCCAGUCAGGGUCCACCUGGGGGGCGGGUCCUGGCGUGUGGUCACCGCUUCGUGAAGCUGUACGGUGUGUUAAAACUGAGGCACAUGAUUGGUCGGUGUUAUCUCCGUGGCAACAAUCUGGAGUAUGACGAGGAGGACAUGCACUGGCAGAACCCCGACCAGCCCUGCAGUCACCUGGGCAGCACUGAGACCAUGUGUAACAUGGGAAUAUCUGCCUCCAUCACUCAGACUGAAGUCAUCGUUGGCUCACCUGGAAGCCACGACUGGCAAGGAAACGUCCACGUGUCCUGGAUGAAUCCAGAUGUUCAGUUUCACACUGAGAGGAUUUUCUUCCCCGACCUGAAGAAGCGCAAGAACAUUUAUAUCGGAUAUUCGGUCACUCAGGCUCGUCGUCUUCUUUCUCAGGAUGAUGAAACUAUAAUUACAGGAGCUCCUAAGGACAGUAGAGACGAUGCUCGUGGCUCUGUGUUGUUAGCAGUGAAACAGGAAAAGGAACUGAUGAUCCAGCUCACGCUGCGCGGGGAACAGACGGGCUCGUACUACGGUAACGCCGUGGCAACCGCUGACCUCAACAACGAUGGGUGGAACGACCUGCUGGUGGGCGCUCCUUUUUACUUCCAGCGCCAGCAGGAAGUGGGCGGAGCAGUUUAUGUCUACAUGAACACAGGAGGUCACUUUGAGUCGGGGCCCAGUGUGGUGCUGAAGGGACCGGCUGGGUCUGCGUUUGGUAUGGCUGUCGCUGCCGCUGGGGACCUGAACCAAGAUGGCUUCCAGGACUUUGCAGUCGGAGCUCCGUUUCAUGAAACAGGAAGUGUGAUGAUCUGGACAGGAAGCAGCGGGGGGGUCUCUGUAGAACCAAGCCAGGUGAUUCGGGGCAGCAGCAUCUCUCCCGCCUUCAGGACCUUCGGUUAUUCUCUGUCUGGAGGUUUCGAUGUUGACGGGAACAAAUAUCCUGACCUGCUGAUUGGUUCCCUGGACGAUAAGAUCACGCUGCUCAGAUCUCGUCCAGUCAUCCACCUCGUUAAAAACAUCACAGUGUCUCCGGCCAUCGUUGACCCGAACAGCUGCGACUUCUGUAUUCGGGUCACGGUGUGUUUCUCCUGCAUCUUCAGCACCGGAGAGAAGAGAAACAGAGAUAACAUCAACAUCGACUUCACUGUGACUGCUGACAGCCUCAAGUCCCGCCUCCGUUUCCAUGACAACAAGAGCGUGUUCUCUGGUACCCUGUCAGUGCAGGGAAGUGAGUGUCAAACCCUGAAAGUGGGACUACAGAGUCCGAUCCGGGACAAAGUGGAACCGCUGGUGUUCUCUGUGAAUGCCUCUCUGCACGAGACACUUCCCAGGAAAAGAAACCUCGUACAAGACCUGAAACAUUUCCCUGUGCUGAGCCAGACUCCCAAACCCAUCAGUACCCAGAUCCAUAUCCAGAAGGCUUGUGGGUCUGAUAACCGUUGCCAAAGCAACCUGCAGAUGACAGCCCAGUUCACAGAUGAGAACCAGAAACCCUUCAACAUGCAUCAGGGCAGUCAGACGUUGCACUACAACAGCAGCAUUGACCGACUGCUACUGGAGAUCAACGUCAGCAACACUCCAUCACUGGGACAACCAGCAGAGGAUGCUCACAAUACCAUAUUGAACAUUAGCAUCCCACCAUCACUCAUAUAUUCUCGAGUCGAAACAAAGGGUGACAUCGCAGUGGUCAAGUGUUCUUUUGAUGACACGGUUCUCCUGUGUGAGCUGGGGAACCCGUUCAAAAGCAACCAGACGGUUACGGUGUUGAUCGUCUUUCAGCCGUCUGAAAUCAGUUUGGACACUAAAGAGAUUCAGUCUGUGCUGCAGCUGUCCACGCUCAGUGAACAGGACGAUCUGUCUCCUGUCUCUGCCUCCCUGUUGGUGGAGUAUUCCCUGCAGACGUCUCUCAGUCUGAUCAAACAGCCGGGCACCAUCUCUUUCGGUGGUCAUGUGAUCGGUGAGUCGGCCAUGAAGGAGACGGCAGAUGUUGGCGAUCUGCUGCUCUUCAGCUUCCAGAUGCACCUCAGUGGGAAGCCGCUCGGUCACCUUGGGAACCUGGAAGUGAAGUUUGAUUGGCCGAGAGAAGUGUCCAAUGGGAAGUGGCUGUUCUACCUCACAGAGAUCCAAGUGAACGGCACCUCAGAGUCUCGCUGCACGCCGCCCGGCAACAUCGUCAACCCCCUCAACCUCACGCUGUCAAAGGAGAAGAAGACGAAGAUGAGGAGGAGUCUGGAGGAGAAGAAGAAGACAGAGGAGCAGCAAGAGAUAAAAAGUCAACCUGUCCUCAGCCACCAGGGACAGAAGAAGUCUUACACUCUGGAUUGUGGAGGCGGGGCGAACUGUGUGACGUUCGUGUGUCCGCUGGUGAACAUGAACAACUCAGCGACUCUGACAAUUAGAGCCAGACUGUGGAGCUCCACCAUGAUCGAGGACUACAGCGAUGUGAGGGAAGUGUUUGUCCGAGUUCGGGCAACUCUGAACCUGCAGACCAACAAACCGACCAUCAACCUGCACUCUGACAGCACAGAGAUUCUUGUCCGCAUUUAUCCAGAUUCAGGGCAGCCAUUGGACUCUGGUGCCCCCGUGUGGAUCAUCGUGGUGUCUGUCCUGGUUGGGGUCUUCCUGCUGGCUCUGAUCUGCCUGCUGCUCUGGAAGUGUGGUUUCUUCAGGAGAGCCAGCACCAGAGAGCUGUACAAGGCAAAGACCCAGAAAGCCCACAUGAAGAGCCAGCCAUCUGAGGCCGACAGGCUGACCGAGGAGCUCUGAGGCUGGCCGGACGUCUGCCAGAGAGCCCUGCUUGUGGUUUCUUCGUGAGGCGGCGGGUGUGGCGAACAGCGGCGUUGCACCAGAGGAGGAUUAUGGGUAAUGAGACGCCCCGACGCGACGGACUGCUGUUUCCAUGGAAACCAGACCAACACACUGCCAGCUGCCGUCAGGUGAAAACCUCGUAAACAUGAA